AUGCCAGCCGUGCAUGAAAGGUCUGUUCUGCCAAGAAGAUCAAAUGCAGCAGAAAUUGCAUAUACAGAGUCAGUUUGGGGCAACAUCACAAGAGAUGUUCAAACCCAGACCACGUCUUCAUCACUGUCUCCCUUCACCUUCAAGUCAGAUAAAGAAGUACAGGUCGGUGACGACAUGCCAGCCAUGCAUGAAAGGCCUGUUUUGCCGAGACUAGCAACAGCAGUCGGACAUACAGAGUCAGUUAGUAGUGAUGUCGUGAGACACGUUCAAACCGAGAAGCAACCUACGCCUGGGAAAGCAGAGAGGGACAGAGCGAGCGCAGCAGACCCGCGACGUGCAACACAAACCAAAGACAGGACGUUGGGGCCCAGGAAACCUGCCCCUUCGCAUACGCUCCACAGAACAGAAUUGUAUCUGCACGUUGCGGGGGGAGGGCCCAAGGCACCUGAAGGCCCAGGGAAACCACCCUGCUUGGCGGUAAGAAAAAUUUAUGUUUCCCAACCUCCAGCUAAGCCGAAAUUGGAUAAAGGUACACAGGUAGACGAAGGAAGGCUUGGAAUUAAAAGGCCCUCUCUCCUCCCACGAAUGCUUUCAGCAUUAUCAGAAAGAAAGGAGAGAGCAGGUACGAAGGGAAUUGGUGGGAAUGUAAUAGAAAGGAAACAGCACGUGUCAGAGAAAGAAAAAAAGGAUGCUGUGACCAAAGUAGAUCUGCGGCUCAAGACGUACCGCAGAGAGGCACCAGCCUCACUGAUUUCCAACGUCCUGAGGACAAGGGAGUUUGUGUUGAAUGUUAUUAAAGAGCCGGAGGAAAAAAGGCACAAAGGUCCAGCUGGGCCAGGUGUGGUUCUGACAAGGACUUUCCUUUCCAUCCCUUCACCUCCCCUUUAUCUAGAUUCAGGCAGCAAAACAGACAAGGACGCAUCAGGAAUCAGGAGAUCCUCUUGUGCACAGCGGAAUCUCCAGGCAUCAGCAGAUACCCGGAAAACGGCCACGAGAGAGACGGCUGCUGGCAAGGGUGAAACUGUUCAUACAAAACCCUCGGUGCCAGAAGAGGUCCGACAGUGGACCUCCAACUUCAUGGUCAGUGUACAGCGCAGGAAAGACCCUCCACGAGUCAGAUCCGAAGGAGACUUGAGUCGGUUUCUUUUCAAUUCACAGCAGGAGGACUUUUAUUUCACAGGCUUUGGUGCCAUCCGAAGUGAGAAGAGGCUGGCAUGUUUCCUGACAGGGCCAGAGGAUCCACAAGAAAAAUACAAAGCAGAAGCUCUCACUACCUUUCUUUCCUUCCCCAUCAUGGAUCUAACUAAAAUCGAAAAUCUGAAGAAAGAAACGGAAAUAAUGACUAAGUUAACCCAGAAAAGAAGCCCUCCGGUGUUAGUUUCACUACCAAGGAAAACACCCAAGGACAUACAUGCCCCCCUGGACCCCCCAGUCAGUGCAGAAGGAUGUCCUGCUGCAGAGCAAGGUGCCCACCAGGGUGACACUUUAUCCAGAGCAUCUCCGGGGUCUGAAGGUGCAUGUAAAUUUGACAGACCCGAGGGAGACAGACAGAAUAAUGAAAAAAUAAGCACAAUGUCCCCGCCCAACGUGUUAGACCCACAGACAAAGGAAUCCCUUGAGGAAAUGAAUACCACACGUUCAAAUGCCUCCCCAAAUACAGAACAAGAAAUUUUCCUGAAAAAGCAAGUGGUGCUGCGGUCUGGGAGUGGACAGAAGACCAGGCUGGAUUCUAGCCUUUCUCUGAAGAUUCCACUUCCAAACAGAAAGCAGAGGACGCCGCUGGAAAUAGAUAUGCACAAGCAAACUACAGUGUACCCUGGACUACAGACACUACGAGGCGCAGACAUGGGUGUUACAGAGUUUAAUGCCCUAAACGGGAAAAAAGAGCAGGCACCGAUUGUUCCAGAACAAGAGGCACGCAAUUUAGACCUGCUCCAGAAGUCUUUUUCCUCCUGCUUUACUUUUCCACUUCAGUCUGGAGAUCUGGAGGAAAAAACCAAAAUGGACACAAGCCCUCCUAUCCAUUUCAAACAAAAUAAAUUAGAAAUGAAAGAAGGAAUAUUAAAAAUAAAUACAAACAUAGCUAUCCAUCUGGAAGAGGACAAAAUAGAAAUGUGCAAACAAACCAUUGUUAAUCUGGAGAAGGACAAAAUAAAAAUGGACACAAGCAAUACAAUAAAUCUGCGCUCUGUGUCUCCAAAGGCAGAGGAACCUGCAGUUAAGACCCAGGUAUUCACUCAUGUGCGAAACAGCUGCCCAAUCAAGCAAAAACAUAAAAAGGAACGAGAAGUGUCUGGUGCCAAACAAAAUAUUCAGCUACAAAAAAUGUUUCAAAAACAUAUUCUGGGUUCAUUUUAUGCCUAUAUUCCUCUACCUUCCAAGUUUGGAGACCAGAAAGGCAGAUUAACAGUAGCAGAUUUGAAAAGAGAAUUGAGCUCUAAACAUGUAAAUAUGAAUAUCCCAAAGCAUCCAAUUCUACAUAUUCUAGGCAACACAGGACAUAGUACUCCAAGCAAUAGAAAGAAAUUAGAGUAUAACUUUAACAAACCAAAGACAGCUUCAUGGAGCGAAGGAGCCUCAGAAAUAUUUAUCAGAAGGCUUUCUAUUUCCAUGAGUCCAUCUCAGCCUAAAGGAACAGUAAAAUCUGAGACAAUCCAAGAACAAGCAAAGAGAACCUGUCUUUCAAAAUUCCAGGAGAAGUCACCAAAUACUAGGGAAACUGUUGAGAGGGACAACUCAAGCACUGUAAGAAAAGGGGACCAGAAUUUUAUAAGCACAGUUCCACGGGAUUCUCAGCCCUUUGUUACAGAUGGACAGCAAACACACAAACUUCUGAGUGUCAAAUCAGAAGCAAACCUCAGCAGCGAAAGCAAUAGAAAUUUAACUCCACAAACAAAAGGAAGGGUUGCUUCAGAGCAUGCUAUCUCAAGAGCUGUAAAAGAACCUGACUUGCUUAUGACUGAGCAAGAAAAGGCACCCAAACCCAUUCAGACACCUACGGAGUGUGCAUCCAUGUCAGAAGACUCAAAGAAAAAUGUGGACACUCACACGGAAAAUACCCUAAGUAUGAAUAUUUCUCCUCCAGGGGUAGAAGCACCACAACGUGAGACUCAGCUGUCUGAUACCGUGAAGUGUGACUUGUCUCCCGAGCAUAGGGAUGACGGUGAACCCCGCCAGGACACAACCACACGAGAGGUCCAGCAGCAACAGACUUCUCCAGGAACAGUGUCUGUACCAGCCCAACUUCAAAGUAAUGAAAUAAAAAUAGUGAUAGAUAGUCCAAGUGCAGAAAGUUUACGUCCUCUCUAUGAAGCCGUUCAAAAUGUCUUUGAGUCACAGGUGAAAAAUAUGCUCCGGGGCAAAACUUUUGCUGAUCCCCUGGAAGAAGGAGAGGACAACAAACCCGGUGAUGGGAAGUCGCCAGCUUUUGCAGGGGGUCCAGCUGCAACAUCCACGACAGUACAUCUCCAAUUGCAGCCCAAACCUAUUUUAGAAAACUUGACUUGCAAAGGAAAAAACAAGCUCACCAGUCAUUUAGCAUCAAAAGCACCUGAAAUAAAUCAGAAUCUGAUACCAGAGAUGGUAAAACGAUCCUUCCAAGAGUUCAACUGUUAUCCACAUCAGGCUAUUUCAAAAUAUAACAGUUGGAGGCUCAAUCCAAAACAUAAAAACAUGUGCUUUUUGUCUCUGGAAGGAAUUGAUACCAUAGACUUUAACCUCAAACACAAAUACACAAAAGACUCACCUCCUGCCAGCCAUAUGAAGUCGCUGACUGUUAACGUUUCAAGUGGCAGUGAGGAUAUCAUUACAAAGUCAAAGACUAUAAAUGAGCUAGAAAGGAAAACAUCUCCAUUGACCUCUGCUAGAGAGAUGUCAUUACCUCAUAUUCUCCAAAACUACUCAGUAGAAGAAAAAAACAAACUUCUCAUUCACUUUUCUAUGAAAACAUUGGAGAUUCAGAUGAAAGCCUUUCCCCAAAUUAUGAGAGAAUCUUACACAAUGGCCAAUGCUCAGGAUGGACAGAAACCUUUAUCUAAGUGUAUUCAUUCAGAUGUCAAAAUACCAAGACAAAAAAAUAGAACUGUGUUACUUUUUGAGGAAAAAUCUCUUCAUCAACUAGAUCUUAAUUUGCGAUACAAAUACCUUCGUUUUCUCCUGGGCCUUCCAGCCCAAAGUAUGUUCCCUAAGCCAGAGGCACUCCCCCAACAUAUUCUUAAAUUACAGACAGUGGCCCUAUGUAAAAAAGUGGAUGAUGGUGGAGAAAGGGCUGGUCUUUCCAUUGAUGCAGAACCGUUAGAACAACACAGCUCGUUCAAAAAGCAAAGGCUCCGUGAAAACUCAUCCUUAAUCAGAAUAUGCUUGGGGCCCACCCGGGAGGGCACUUCUGACCCUGAUCAACACAGCACGGCGCAGAAAAGAGACACUACAGCUCUUCCAAAGUUAACCUCUCACGUGGCUCCAGAAAAAGAGAAACAAUGCCAUGUGUGGUUUCAAGACACACACACAUGUGAAUCUGUUGAUUUAAAGACUAAAGAAAAGGAUCAUGAUUUCGUUGCUGCCCGGUCAGUUCAGAGUCUUGAAGAUUUUACUGACAGUCAGACAAAUAACGUGAGUUCAGAUAAUUUGGAGGGAUGCUCAGCUCUCCGUGCACAUGAGAGUGAAGAAUGUCUGUUUUUAGAUGCCAACUCUUAUUUAAGUCAGGAGUCACAGAAUAUUCUAUUUGAAUUACAGGAAGGCCUGCCUUUGGAAUUCCUCUACAAGAAGAAAAAGGUCAACACUGACUUACAACCAUUUUACAGGGACGAUUCAGGUUCCCAUCAUGUUAAAGGCCGUCAAAAACUGUCCUCGGUUGUGACACUACCUUCUUACGAAUCCCACAAAAGCAGGAAACACAGGUCAUCCUCCAAAAUGCGCCAUCGCCCUCCUGACUCGAGGUGUGACAGCUCCUUAAAUACUAUAGACAAUCCAUCUGGAUCAUCGGCCAUUCCAUUCAGUGAAGAGAACCUUUCACCCAGUACUAGGAGCAGAAAAAGUUAUUCUGUAGUUCCCUUAACAGAGGCCAAUAUUAAACUGCAUCUUGCAAAAAGCCAAGGCAGACCUCACAGGCAUUUGGAAAGCAAAGAAGGAAGGCAGGCCAAACUGGAUUUAUUUAGAAAGGACAAGAGUCCUUGGGAAAAUGACCACAGUUAUACACAGAGCACAGAGAAACGCACAAGGAAGAAGAAGGGGCGGGAUUACGAGUCAGAAAGAUCAGCUUGUGUCCCAAGCAAACGUAAAUCAGCAUCGAAACCUCCUCAAGAGGACAUCGACUUCUAUUCCGAAACAAAGCAAAACCAGCCGUUUUUUUAUGCCUGUGUACCAGCAGACUCCCUGGGGAUUACGCCCCAAACCGUUCGCUGGACUGUUCCCCCCAAAACUUUGAGGAAGAGAAACUUCAGAGUUCCACUGGUGGCCAAGAUUUCAAGUUCUUGCAGCAUAUGGAGUUCAUCCAAAAAGCUGCUGGGGUCAUUGUUAGAGUCCUUCAGCCUAGUUCAUCAACAGUGAUACUGUCACAUCCAGACACGUCUCGGAGGGGAGAGCUGGUUGCCAUCACAGUCUUUGAAAAAAUAA